UGUGGCAUCUGCAAAUCACUUUCACAUCUAGAGACAUCACAUAUAUAACUGUGCUGCUCAGCGUAGUACUUCAGGAGCUUUGGUUCUGAAGCAUUUACUGCAAUCGUUAAACAAACAGAACUUAGGAGCUGUAGAUCUACUUUUAUUCUUAUUAGUUUUCACUAAAAAGUCAAUCUGAGCUUCGCUUGAGCAGAAUGAACAGCAAAAUCGUCUUCGUGUCUAUUAUUGUGUUCCUGGCAUAUCUGACCAGUGGGGAAGGAAUGAGUCUUAGAGGUCUGGGUAUAGAUCCACGCUGUCGUUGCGUUGAAACAGAGAGUCGGCGCAUUGGUAAAUACAUCGAGAGUGUGGAAAUCUUCCCUCCCACCUCACACUGCAAAGACACAGAGAUCAUUGCCACUUUGAAGAUCACCAAGCAGGAGAUCUGUCUGAACCCUGCUGCUGAAUGGGUUAUUAAGGUCAUUGAGAAGAUGAUUGUCAAGAAACAAACAUGAAUGUGUGAAUCAUCUGAUGUGUAUUUCAACGCAACAUUGAGCAUGAAGGAAAGACGACUCUCCACAGCUGCCAUUUCAUACUUCAAAAUCAAAUCACUUUAUUGUCACUCAACCAUAUAACCAAGUGCAACAGUGGGUGAAAGUCUUGGGUGCAGUUCCGAGCAACAUAGCAGUCAUGACAGUGAUGAGACGUAUACCAAUUUACAAUAACUGACAUAUCUAAUAUACACAUAAUUACACACAACACAAUAUACAGUAUACAAUUCACGCAAUAUAGAAUACACAUGCACACAAUAUAGAAUACACAGUUUACAGUAAAAUAUGCAGUAGGUUCUAUUGUGCUGUAUUGAUAUUCAGGCUGUUGGCUGAUAAGAAUUCAACCCAUACUUUGAAUUCGAUGGGUUGAAUUCUAUGUUUGGCUAUGUUUACUGCUGUUUGAUUACAUGUUUAAUGUUAUAUAUUUAUCUGUUGUUUAACUAUUUAUCUAUUUUUAUACUUGAAAAAUUAAUGUUAUUUAUUAUAUUCUGCAAUAAAAGUAAUAUUGCACUUAAAUUCCACAACAUUUCUCUGUUUCCUUAGGUGUUUUAUAUAUAUUAAUUACAUUCCUAGUUAUUUUUUUUUUUUUACAUAUUGUAUAUUACAUUAAUAUAUCAUGCUACAUAUUUUGUCUAAGUCAACGCAGUUGCCCUUUCUCUUUAUGAAAAAUAUUU